CCCAUCUGUCUUCUUCUUCUUCUUCUAGCUGUCUCGGAGUUAUAAAAUCUUCUCCAAUUUCUUCACAAAUUUUCUUUCUUUUUUUUGAGCUUUAACAUCAUGAAAAAUUCAGUAAAUCGACCACCAACCCCAGAUGCUGCAGAAGAUCAAGGGAAAGAACCCACCCUUCAAGAAAUUAUUAACCUCAAGUUAAUUGAGAGUGGGGAAAAAGAGAGGUUAAUGGAGCUAUUAAGAGAAAGGCUUAUAGAAUGUGGUUGGAAGGAUGAGAUGAAAGCCCUUUGCAGGGCAUAUAUUAAGAAGAAAGGAAGAAAUAAUGUCGCUGUGGAUGACCUUGUGCAUUUGAUCACCCCAAAAGGCAGAGCUUCCAUUCCUGACUCCAUAAAGGCUGAGCUAUUGCAAAGAAUUCGUUCGUUUCUCAUGUCCACUGCUCUAUGACCAUCAGUAUGCUUUGGUUAUGGCAAAGAGGUAGGAAAGCAAUAGAGCUAUUGCUACUUGCUAAAUGGGUUUCAAUGGAAGUCUUGUUAGGGCUUGGCUUUAUCAAUAGGUCUUGUUGAAAGGUUAAGGUGAUGUUAUGUACUUGGAAUAGCGGAAUACCAUUAGGCCAAUGGAAUGAGCAGGGUUUGCAUCAAGUAGGAUAGAAUUCCAUUUAACCAUUCUUGGUUGGAUGGGAUCAGCAAGUUAUAGAGUUUCUAAUUGUCCACUAUCGUUUCUAUUCCCUGUUACUGUCAGCUCCCAGGUUUAAACAAAACCAUAGGACAGAAAAACUGUGCAUUAGAUUAACAAUGUUGAUUAUUUAAGCCCACUGCUUGAACCUAAGCUUAUCCUUCUUCCUUCGAGAAGGCUGACUUUAUGAUGAUCCAUUGUCUUCUUAUACUUCUUUGAUGAGUACCCUUUUAUACGCCUUUAGGUAACCUGGAGCUUUUGGAUUCAAAGUUGUUACCACAUAAUGUAAUGUUUCAUGGUAAAAUUAUUUCCCCUUGUUUCUUUAGGUGUUUUGUUUCAGUCUCCUAGUGAGCAUGGUUGUUGUAAAAAAGAACAUUUACACUGAAAACUUAAUUAAGAUAUCUUAAUAUCAUCUUUGGGAUUUUGAGAAUU